CAAAUCAAACGAAAAAUAAAUCACAACUAAAUUGAAGACACAAACCAUCGCUGGAAGUGAUCGACAACAACAACAACCACAACCACAACAAGACAAUCGUCACCACAACCACAUCCUUAGAGUGUGUAUCAAUCAUGUCUGUGGUGUUGGAGACAACGAUGGGUGACAUAACAGUGGAUCUGUUCGUGAAGGAGAGGCCCAGAAGUUGUCUGAAUUUCCUGAAGUUAUGUCAACUAAAGUACUAUAACUUCUGUCCAUUUCAUACAAUUGAGCGCAACUUUAUGGCACAGUCUGGAGACCCGACCGGUGCCGGCAGUGGCGGACACUCUGUCUUCGCCACACUGUAUGGAGAGAACGCCCGCUUCUUCGAGGCGGAGAUCAAACCCACGAUCAAACACAAGCGUAAAGGACUCCUAUCGAUGGUCAACAACGGCGAAGGCCUUCACGGCUCGCAGUUCUUCAUCACACUGUCUGAUGGUUUGGAUUAUUUGGAUGGCGUCCACACUGUCUUCGGACACGUGACCGAAGGCAUGGAUGUGUUGGAUCAGCUGAACGACGUGUUGUGCGAUAACAAUAACAAACCGUUUAAAGAUAUUCUCAUCACUCAUACAGUCAUUCUCGACGAUCCCUUUCCGCAUCCAAACGGUCUUGAAAUUCCUCCCCAAUCGCCAGAACUGUCCGAAGAAUUACUGAAAUCGCAUCGAAUCGGUGUUCACGAAGACAUUGACGACACGGACGGCAAAACAGCC